GAUUUCGUUUUGUACACUCUGAAUUUCUGUGAAUUAUUACUAGUUAAUAUAGAUUUAGCGCUAUAGAAACAAUUUGUUUUCAUUGUUUUUGCUACGGGUCCGAUUCGUGAAAAUCUUUAGAUUUCAAUCAUUAUAACUUAGUUGAAUUUUAUGAUGAGUAACCUAACGCAUUGCGUCGUGUUUCGUUAUUUCGUUUUAAUUUGCAAUUUACAAUAUUGAGUUUUGUCUUGCAUGUAAUUCAUUUAUUAUAAGUUUUUAGUAGCAGCCCUUGACAGCGGUUUACGUUUCUACGUUGUGUAUGUGUUUGUUUAUUACUUAUUAUUUACUCGGAGUUCGGUGAAUGACACAGGAUCAACGCCACUUUAAAUUAAUCUAUUCGGCAAAAUGGUCUAUCGUCUAGAUUUAAUCUUUAUCGUCUGUUUGGCCAAUACAACGGCGCAUCGAUAACAUGAUGGCAUCAACGUUAUAUAGCUAUCGUUUGUUAAAUUAUGCUGUCGGGUUAUUAAGAUUACUACAAAAUAGAAAAAUUAAAGGCGUAAGCUAAUUUUACAAUUAGUUAACAACCAGACACAGAAAAAGUAUAUCUAUAAUCUAUAUACAAGCAAAACAAUUAUGGAAGUUAAUACGCAAGAACACUUUGAAAGAAUGUAUCAAUUCUAUAAGCACAAAGAAUUUUGUGAUGUAACUUUGGUUACUGAUGAAGGCUUAAAAAUUGAAGCACACAGAAAUAUAUUGGCUUCUGCGAGUCAUGUGUUUUAUAAGAUGUUCAGCGGGCAUUUUAAAGAGAAAAACGAAAAUGAGAUUCUUAUAAAAGAAAUAGAUUCUACAAUUUUAGAAUUGGUGGUCGAAUUUGCAUAUACUUAUAAACUGGAUGUUAAAGAAAACAAUUGCGAGAAACUAUUGAUGGCUGCCGAAAUGUAUGAUGUAAGUGGUAUAAGAAAAUUGUGUGGCGAAUAUAUUAAAGAAAACAUAAAUCCUACAAAUUGUGUGCGUUUUAUGAAAAAGUCCAAAUUAAUAUCAGACAAAAAGAUUUACAAUUUUUGUUGGUCAUAUUUUUUAAAAUAUUUCUAUAUAAUUGUGACAUUGGAUCAAGCGUUAGAAACACUUUAUGACUUUGAGUUUGAUGAUGUUGUCGAGUUUAUUGCACGCGAUGAUUUAGUAAUUGAUUCUGAGGAAAAGAUAUUUGAUUUUAUCAUUAAUUGGAUACGAUAUAACACAGAUGAACGUAAUGGCUUUUUACCGAAUUUUAUGAAAUAUUUACGUUUACCUUCAAUUUCAAAAAAAGGACUACAAAGGAUUUAUAAUCAUCCAUUAGUGGGAAAUAAUACUAAUGUUAUGAGAGGCAUAUUAGACAAUAUCACCAAAACUUACAUCAAAUCAAAACCGCCAGUUACUCUUGGAAGAUGUACUCAAAUUGAAUCAUCAAAUAUUAUUUUUGCAAUUACCGGCGAUUCAAACAGUGGCGGUUCCUCUGUAAAGUAUAUGGAUAUUAGAAACGAUAGUGACUUGAGAUGGAAAUCAAGCGAGCAUUUUUUUUUUUUGCCUCCCCGUAAAGACGCAACGAUGGUAGUCACUGAAAACGGGAUAAUACUUGCCAUUGGUGGUACAAACGAGUACCAUGUUGAUGUAAAUCUUGUAGACGAGCUUGAUCUUAAGUCAGAAUCAAAACAAUGGGUCUCUACAAGGCCAUUGAACCGACCACGAAGAGCAUUUGGUGUGUGUACUUACAAACAGUACAUAUAUGUCGUUGGAGGCAGUGAUUACUCGCAUCGGAAAAGUUGGAAUUCUGUAGAAUACUAUAAUACAAAUUCAAAAGUAUGGACCGUAAUUACUGAACCAAUGCCCACUGCUCGAUCCCAGUGCAGUGCUGCAGCAUUUAAUAAUAAAUUAUAUGUUUUUGGUGGACGUAAUGAACAAAGUGUUUCUAAACGUGGUUCUCUUGCAACUGUAGAAUGCUAUGAUAUUGAAAACAAACACUGGAAACAACUCAAACCAAUGCCGAAGUGUAAUUUGGGUAUGAGUUUAUCAAGAAUAGCAAACGUCAUUUAUCUCAUUGGUGGUAGUGCUGAUGAAUCAUGUGUACAACGAGUUAUUAAGUUCGAUUUACAAAAUUUCAAAUUUGAUGAAAUGCCUAACAUGACCAUGGAUUGUAAAUUGGGUUGCGCAAGUGUUGGUAUCGUGAAAAACGACUUAUACGUGUUCGUGAAUAAUGGAGGAGAAGUUCAUUGUGAAAGAUAUGACAGAGAAAAAAAUCAAUGGCUAUUGGUUGACAAGGCAGAAAACUUACUAUACCCAACAUAUCAACCUAUCAUUACUUUUAAUAAUGUUACACUGAAUUAUUGUUAUGGUAUUCGCCUGUAAUUCUACGUUUUUUAUAUUAAUACCAUUUUUUGAACUCAAUUUAGAGUUAAACAUAUUAAAUGACUUAAAUUUUAAUUAAUUAAAUUACUGUCUUAAAAUUUACACAAUUUGUUGUUAAUAAUUUAUUUGUAUUUGAGUUCAAAUCUGAUUUAGGAUUCCUUAUAGCAUUAGUUGAUCGAUCGUUAGUGCGGACGACAGUUACGUUUAAACUGCUAUGUCGAUCAUGAGUUUGACAGAGACUGGAAUGAUCGGUACCCAAUUAGCAAUUAAUAUCAAUAUCCACCAUCAGAUUAUAUCGUUAUUAUUAUUUUGGAAUUUUUUGUAGUUUCCGUUAUAAAGGUAGUUGUGUUUAUUAAUAUAGAUUCAAUAGCCUGAGUUCCUGAUAUUAUUAUCGUCAGUAGCAUAAUAUCUAUACAAUCCACUACCUUUGAUGAAGAUCUGCGAGGGAUUUUUACUCACAGACGUACCUAGUAAUUUAUUAACACUAUAAUAUAUUAGAUUUUACUAACAAUGUUGUAAAGAAUACUGCUAUAAGUACGUUGUCGAAUCCUUUUUGAAUAUAGUAGUAUAAAUACAUUAAUUGUUGAUGUGACCCACUGUUCUGGUUUCUUAUAUCCAACGUCCAGUGUUGUUCUUUAACUUAACU